UUGUUACUGGUACAGGAAAAAGGACGAGGAUUGGAAAAUGGGUGACAUUGCUCGCACACUUACCAAUAGAAGGUGGUUAGAAAAAUGUGUUUCUUAUGCUGAAAGUCAUGAUCAAGCUUUAGUUGGCGACAAAACUAUUGCAUUCUGGUUAAUGGACAAGGACAUGUAUGAUUUCAUGGCUUUGGAUAGACCGUCAACUGCUGUGGUAGAUCGUGGAAUAGCACUACACAAAAUGAUCAGGCUAAUCACUAUGGGUUUGGGUGGAGAAGGAUAUUUGAAUUUCAUGGGAAAUGAAUUUGGGCAUCCGGAGUGGAUAGAUUUUCCAAGGGGCGAUCAACAUCUGCCUGAUGGGAGAGUAAUCCCUGGAAAUAAUAACAGCUAUGAUAAAUGCCGCCGUAGAUUUGAUCUUGGGGAUGCAGAAUAUCUAAGAUAUCAUGGAUUGCAAGAGUUUGAUCAAGCAAUGCAACAUGUAGAAGAGAAAUAUGUUUUCAUGACUUCGGGGCACCAGUAUAUAUCACGGAAAGAUGAAGGAGAUAGGAUGAUUGUUUUUGAGCGAGGGGAUUUAGUUUUUGUUUUUAAUUUUCAUUGGAAUAAUAGUUAUUCAGAUUACCGGAUCGGUUGCCUAAAGCCAGGGAAGUAUAAGGUGGUCUUGGAUUCAGAUGAUAAAUUAUUUGGUGGCUUUGGUAGAAUUGAUCACAGGGCAGAAUAUUUUACCUCUGAUGGGUGGUAUGAUGAUCGGCCCCGCUCAUUUAUGGUGUAUGCCCCAUGUAGAACAGCAGUUGUCUAUGCUUUGACAGAGGGUUAAGUUUAAGAAUAGUAGAGGUUUGAUAUGAGGGUCCCUUAUUCUUUAAUAAUGUGACACCCUCUUGAUAUAAUAUGUUAGAACAUUAUGACUGCGCAAAAGAUUUGCUGUAUCUUUGCCUUGUAGAUUUUGUUUCGUAGUUCAGUGAUUGAGCAUAUUGGAAGACACCAGUAAAUGGAGUACCCGGAAACAUGAUAUUUAACCUGGAAAAUUGUAGGGAUUCUUUUUGAAUUCUGUAAAUCUUUUGAGUCUAUUCCUUUGAUUAUAAAGUAAGCCUUUCAGGAA